AUGUGGUUCUCGAAGCGCAAUCAGCGUGACAACGUUGCCUACGUGGGCCUUUCCACGUCGCUGCCCUGUGAAGAGGCCGACACGUCGUGGGACGGCCACGAAGUAAGGCCAAAGAACGGGUUUGGGGCCCAGUGCGGCCGCCUCUGGAUCAUUGGGCUGUCUGUAUAUUCCCUGUUCAUGACAAUCCUGGUGUUGGUGACAGCCGAGGUCAACCUUUGGCUCGCGACGCCUCUCGGGAGCGAUCCGAACGGCUUUGUCCCGGCUACGGUGGGUGCGCCGCCUCGAUGGAGGACGUUUGUGCGCAACGAAAGCAACCCGUACCACAUACCGGAUGACGUGUUUGCGGACGAGAUCAGGACAAGAGAGACCAUCGAGAGGCUAGUACAGACGCACUGGCCUCUAACCAAGAGAGAGACAGCUUCGGCGGUCCGCAUCAACGGCCGCCAUGCCCGCUGGGUCCAUGACGACGGCAGCGUAUCCAGCUUGCAGGCAACGUUCACGCCGCCCAGCAUGGGCCAAGACCAAGUUUACUUCAUACGGGGUCUGUACCAGAUGCGCUGCAUAAUUGUCUUACUGGAAGCCUACGGGACCAGCAUCCACCAUCCGACAAAUACCACAGACGCCACAUCCAACAUGAACGCCAACGGGGGCAAGGAAAAAGAAGACGAGGAAGACAAAGACGUCUGGCGCUGGCCGCCCGAGCACGUGGCCUACUGCCUCAACGUCUUGGCGGACGCUGUGCACUGCACUGCGGACGCGACGCCGCUCUCCUUCGUCAGCGGCUUCGGGUCCGGACACCUGACGGACGGCCAGCAGGCGUGGUGCCGGGACUGGGAUGCCCUGCGCGCGUGGGCUGCGGACGGCGAGCGCGGCCUGGACACGGCCCGAGGAGGCGCCGCGCUCAAGGGGGCGUUUGGCAGGUUGUGGCGGACUGUUUUGCCUUGA